AUGGCGAUUGAAACAAACCCCGAAAAUAAUCCGCAUGAAGUUGGCAAUCUCCCCAACAAAGAGGCAACUGUAAGUCCUCUCGAGCUCAGUUCAUCCAGCGAUGAGGAAACUGGCUCGACUACAUCUCACAACAUUUUCUCUGACCCUGAGAUCCUCGCUCAUUACACCUCGAUAUACGAGGAAGCAAAAUAUGAGUGCCGUCACCUACUGGACCCGAAUCUCCGGUGGUCGGAGGAGGAAGAACGGAAAGUUGUGCUGAAGCUUGAUUGGCAUGUUUGCUUAUGGGCGUGUAUUAUGUUCUUCGCGCUUCAGAUCGAUAGAGGAAACCUCAUCCAGGCAGUGUCGGGCAACUUGUUGGAGGAGCUUCAUCUGACGACUAAUGAUUACAAUUAUGGAAACACUAUAUUCCUAGUUUCCUUCCUAUGUGCAGAGGUCCCCUCUCAGUUGGUUUCCAAGAAACUGGGCCCAGAUAGAUGGAUUCCAACUCAAAUGACACUCUGGUCCAUCGUCGCAAUGAGUCAGUAUGCGCUGAAAGGAAAAAGCUCAUUUUAUGCUACGCGGUCAUUGCUCGGAAUUCUCGAGGGAGGUUUUAUUCCGGAUCUCGUUUUGUGGCUCUCGUAUUUCUACACUAGCAGCGAGCUUCCAAUUCGACUCAGUUUCUUCUGGGCAACGUUGAGUGUAACUGGAAUCAUCAAUUCAUUAUUAGCGUUUGGUAUUCUUCAUUUAGAUGGUGCUCACGGUGUAGCUGGGUGGAGAUACCUCUUCCUCAUCGAAGGAAUAAUUACAUUGUCAGUUGGUAUUGCAUCCUUCUUUCUGAUGCCCGCUUCAGCUGUCCAAACCAAGACAUGGUUUCGACCCAAUGGAUGGUUCAACGACCGAGAGCUGAGCAUUGUUGUCAAUCGCGUUCUACGGGAUGACCCAACCAAGGGUGACAUGCAUAAUCGAAUGGCCAUUACUCCCAAAAGAUUAUGGCUGUCACUGAAAGAUUUUGAUAUGUGGCCUAUAUACGCCCUUGGUCUUAUCGCAUAUGUCCCUCUACAGCCAACGGCCUAUUAUAUGUCGCUAUCACUACGAAAACUCGGGUUUACAACAUUUCAAACAAAUCUUCUUACUAUCCCUUCCACCGUUAUUUCAAUAUUUACCCUUCUCGGAUUAACUUGGCUUAGUAGACGCGUGCGCGAGCGAACCUUCGUCAGCAUGCUCCAGCCCAUUUGGACUCUACCCUGCGUUAUUGCCCUGCGUUUCUGGCCCGGAGAACUUCAACAGUCAUGGGGGACCUUUGCGUUGAUGACGGUUUUAUUAAGUUAUCCAUACUGUCAUGCAAUUCUAGUGGCAUGGUGCUCUACAAACUCGGGAUCAGUGCGAACACGCUCCAUCUCUGCGGCUGUUUAUAAUAUGAUGGUUCAAGUAGGCAGCGUGAUCUCUGCGAAUAUCUAUCGUUCAGAAGACGCUCCGCUCUACCAUCAAGGCAAUAGAAACCUCAUCAUCAUCAACUGUCUCGUGAUUGGGUUAUUUUUCUUCACCAAGUUUUACUAUAUCACUAGAAAUAAAUGGAAGGCUAGGAAGUGGGCUGCCCUAACGGAAGAGGAGAAAAUCGACUACAUAAAAUCCACAACGGACCAGGGGAACAAAAGGCUAGAUUUUAGUUUCGUACAUUAA